AUGGUUACCUCUAGCUCUGGCGGUGAACCUUUUUAUGGGGAUUGUCCCACCUCUUACACUAAUUUGGAUGUUAAUACUACUGCUCAACCUACUUGUACUGUCAUUCCCACAGGAGUUUAUGGCCAACUCCGGAGCCCUGCCUGCCCUCCUCCUCCAGAAGAUUUAAGAGAUGAUGGAUCUCCGCCUCCGGGUGCGCCUCAAACCAAUUAUCUUCAGCAAUUGCAGAGGAGUCCCGCGUACCACCAUUUAAAAGAAGGUUUUAAAGGUUCGUGUCCUCCUGGCACUGACUCGUCGGGGGGUAAUUUUGGAGCGAUGGAAAAUAACCUGCCAACAUUAAACAACGACGAUGGGUCCCAUCUUUUCCAAACUCCACAUUUCUCGCCUGAUGAACAUGAGUAUCAAGCUCUGGAUAGCCAUCAGCAGAAUUACCUAGAUAAUUCACCUGAAUUUUAUUCUAAUCAUAUAUUAGAGCAGAAAUAUAAUCCACAUAGUUAUGUUAAGAAUUAUGUUAGAGGUGCUGGACGAUUCAACGACGCAUACUCAGAUACCUACGGAACGCCGUACGAUACGACGCCCUUCCAGACUGUGCCCAGUGGUGCCAAUAGUGGGCCAGAACAAUGGGGGCAUAACCACGAAUUAACGUUAGGUCAUCAUCCCCAUACACAUCCUGCAUUUUUAACGGCAGGAAUGACAAGAGAUCAACUGAACGCAAUCCAAGAUACUAAGCCUAUGAUUCAAAAUGGCAUGAUUACUGGAUAUCCUGGAAAUCCUGCCACUGGAGGACCAUGUUUUACAGGUUCAGGACCGAUUCAACUUUGGCAAUUCCUCCUAGAGCUUCUUACCGAUAAGUCUUGUCAAGCUUUCAUUUCUUGGACCGGUGAUGGCUGGGAGUUUAAGCUGACGGAUCCGGAUGAAGUUGCAAGGCGAUGGGGUAUCAGAAAGAAUAAGCCCAAGAUGAACUAUGAGAAAUUGUCACGCGGUCUUCGCUAUUAUUAUGAUAAGAAUAUAAUACACAAGACUGCCGGUAAACGUUACGUUUACCGAUUCGUAUGUGAUCUGCAAACGUUGCUGGGAUACACUCCCGAAGAGCUUCACGCUAUGGUUGACUUGAAGCCAGAAAAGAAAGAAGAUGACUGA